AGACGUUCCUGGGAGCUCUCUGAUGCCUCAGACCUUUCCCUUUUAUCCCUCUUGCUCAGAUGCUUCCUUUCACUCCUUUUUCCAGAGGGCAGGCGUCCUAGCUCCAGUUGGUCCGUCCCUUGGGCCCUCCCCUGCUCUUCAUCUAGCCAAACUGGUUUGAGUCAGCCACACCCUUUCCCAGCUCCCUGGGCUCUUCAGGUGGUGGCUGGCCACUCAACCCCACCCCUGGGCUUGGCUUGAAGCCCUGAGUCAGCUCCAUCACCACCCAAGCCAAACCAAAGCUGAGGCAGGAGCCGAAACUCAGAGUCCCUCAAAGCCUAUAGCCAGGUGAUGGAGGACGAGGAGAAGGCAGUGGAGAUCUUGAUGGGCAACACGGAAGCUGCUCAUCCUCCAUCCCCCAUCCGCUGCUGCUGGCUCCGCCUCCGCUGCUUGGCAGCUACUAGCAUUAUCUGUGGCUGCUCUUGCCUGGGAGUCAUGGCUCUGGUGUUUGCCAUCAAGGCAGAAGAGCGGCAUAAAGCAGGCCGGUCCGAGGAGGCAGUGCGCUGGGGGGCCCGGGCCCGGAAAUUCAUCCUGGCCAGCUUUGCUGUCUGGCUUGCUGUCCUCACUCUGGGUCCCCUGCUGCUGUGGUUGCUCUCCUACGCCAUCGCUCAGGCUGAGUGACCCUGGAUGGCCUCUGCUGAGAGCCAGCUGAGACCUCCUGGAGCCUGCAAUGCGGCAUUGCUAAGGUCCUGUGACAGCAGUGGUUGGAAGGAUCCUGGUUGGAAGGAUGGGGACUCUCAAGGGCUUCGGAAGAGCUCUUCUAGCCCUUUAUAAAAGGAGGGCAGCAGCUGAGACUGAUGAGAGGAGGGCAGCCUGCUCUUUUCUUUCAGGGCCCCCCAUCCCUAUCUCCCCCACCCAAGCCCACCCUAGGCCUCUACCCAGCGGGAGGGGUUGAAGACCAGGCCUGGUUUUAUUAGAAUUCGUUUUGUAAUAAAAGCCUUUUUUAGUGGUGAAAUA